ACCACAGAACAAUAACCGUGUUCGAGUUACGCAAGGGUCUAGGCUGUCUAGCUCUCGAGUAACCGAGCAAAUAAUCGGAAACGAAGCAAAGGUUCGUCAAGAAUUCUCUUCUCCAUUACUUUCAAUUUUCUCUACAUUGCUUCUUUAAUAAUAGGAGCAAUUAUUAACAAUCAUCCUUCCAAGAUAUGCUUAUUUGAUACCAGAGACAACAAGAAUAUCAAUAUGGAUGUUGCAAACCUCCAACUGGACGGAAACGCUGAUGCGGUUGAGUUUUGCCCACACCCUCCAUUCCAUCAUGUCCUGGCCGCGGCAACAUACACACUCAAAGAAGGAGAUGACCAACCAAGUCGGUCAGGAAGCAUAUCACUCUUUGACACUAACAAUGGCCUUGAUUUACUCCACCGUGUGGAAACACCAGGUGUUUUUGAUAUCAAAUGGAACUCAUAUGGAAGUAACACCCAACCUUUUCUUGCUCAAGUUGAUGCCACUGGCUCCUUGAGUCUUUACCAGUUACUAGAUAAUAAUCCAGGCACUGUGCUUAGACAAGUUUGUGCGCAAGAAAUCAGUCCUUGGAUGUGCCUGUGUGUGGACUGGCACCCAUUAAGGGAGCUCAUCUCUGUAGGACUUUCAGAUGGGUCUGUUGCUAUAGUCCAAGCUAGGGAGUCCAGUUUGCAGAAUCUACAGUCAUGGGCAGGCCAUGAGUACGAAGUAUGGACAACCUCCUUUGACAUUCACAGACACCAAUUAUUGUACACUGGGUCUGAUGACUGUUCAUUCUGCUGCUGGGAUGUGCGUGGGAGCACAUCAUCAAACUUGGUUUUCAAGAAUGCAAAGUCUCACACAAUGGGUGUCUGUUGCAUUGCUCUCAACCCUGCUAAUUCUAAUAUGUUGAUCACUGGGAGUUAUGAUGAGUUUCUCCGGGUUUGGGAUAUGAGAUCAACUUCAAAGCCUGUUAAUCAGAGGUCUCUUUCUUUAGGGGGAGGUGUUUGGAGGAUUAAGUUUCAUCCAUUUGGUGAAAACUUGGUGUUGGCUGCUUGCAUGCAUAAUGGUUUUGCUGUUGUGAAGAUUGAAGAUGAAGAUGUGAUUGUUGUGGAGACUUAUGAUAAGCAUGAAUCACUGGCUUAUGGAGCUGAUUGGUGCAAGGGUGACAAUUGUUGUGAGGAUAACAAUGGUGCUAAAAAGGAUAUGGUGGUUGCUACCUGUUCCUUUUAUGACCGGCUUCUCCGUUUAUGGAAACCAGUGAGCACCAUGACUCUAAGAGAGGAGUCUAAGGAAUGAUCUUUAUGUACAAACUUUUAUCUCUGUUAUCUCUUCAUUGUUCUGAAGAGCUGCUAAAUUAUUCAGAGAGUGCUCUUAAUUGAAUUCUGGAAUUCAGUUAAUGCAUGAACUUUUUUUUAUCA